UGCCGGAUUGUUAUUCCGGACGGAACUCGCAUCAACCGUUUAGGGUUGACGCACAAAGAUCGGCUGAGUGACUCUGGUCUCUGUAAAUACUCAUCUUUAAAAUAACUCUGACCUGGAGCGUGCGUAGAGUAGUAUUCUCUUGAAUGGUAAUGUAAGUGCGGUGAACACGCAGGAUGGACGGAGGUAUUUCAGCGUCACACGGUCCCUCAGGUCUCCCCCUCUCUGCCCUGCGCCUCCUGGUCCCACCUAUCCGGCUGGUCUCUGCAGCGAUCUGGCAGACGGUGGAGCAGAAAAUCGUGUCAGACUAUGGGCUACUCGAGGAGUUCGUGUUCAUGAUCACAGAGAUCGUUCCCCAGCUUCUCUCCGUGAGACAGCGGGCUGAGCUCAUCCUGGGUCUCAGAGCGAGGCUCAUUCUGGAGCUGUGUCGCUCUGAGGAGACCGCAGACCUCCAGAUAAUUCAGCCACACCUGGACCGGAUGCAGAACCUCAGGUCUUUGUGGAACGUGGAGGCAGAAAACCCAGAACAGGAUGAAUCAGACUCACAUUUCAUGGGUCUUGUCCGAAAUCUGCUGAGAGAUCCUGAAGAAAGAAGAGGCUUUUUCCAGGAUGUGUUUCCAGGAGACUUUGGCCCCACGUAUGACAAAGCAAUCCAGACUCUGAUGUGGCUGUUUCUGUCCAGACUGGAAAAGCUUCUUCCCACUCAGACUCUCCAACAGAUUGCAUCUCUGCUCAGCGACACAUCAUCUGUUCUGAAUGAGUGCAUGGAGACUUUCACUCAGCCACAGGAGCUAAAAACCCUGCUGGACACUCACAAAGACCUCAGCCAGUUAGGGGACAUAGAUUCUUACAUUGUGGACAGUGGCAUUUUGUCAGCACUCUGUCUCCCCCCUGUGGAAAGAGUUGUGAUUGUCAAUGAACAAACUGAAACGGAUGCAGAGAGUGGACUGGUGUACACAGUCUGCACAGAGAUGGAGGUAGAAUCUGAGAACAAGGAGGUGUACGUAGAAGGAAGCAGGACUUCUGAUGAGUGUGUGCAGACCCCGUGGUUUGGUCUCAGCAGUGAGGUCAAAGCAGACUUAGACGGUGAGGUUGCGGCAGACCCCAUCGAGGGCGCCGAGGCCAGUGAGAGUGAAAUGGCAGAUGAACAAUCAGGGACUCUGAUGAUCGGGGAAGACGGUCAGGUGACCAUGCUUGAAAGUGAAGAAAAGAAGCCCAAAAAACGAGGGCGUAAAAAGAAACUUCCUGUGGAUGAAGACUUCGAAGUGCCAAGCAAAGCGAGGAGCAUACAAGAUGACCCAGACUAUGACGCCUUGUGGGACAGACCAGUGCGAAAAAACCGCGGACUCAAGAUGAAAAGGUACCUGUCGCAGUGGAGGAAAACAGGAAAGACACAGGCCGGUAACGCAGCCAACAACAGUGCUAAAAAGUUUGGCAGAGGCCGAGGUUCCGCUAGAAGCAACGAUCUGGACGACAGAACUUGCAAAGUGUGUGGGAAGGUGGUGGCCCGCGCAAACCUGUUGGAGCGCCACAUGAAUCGUCACUCUGAGGAGCUGCCCUUCUCUUGUCCUGCAUGUAAAAAAAUAUAUAAGAGCCUGCGUUUCUUGCAGCAGCACAGGUGUUCAAAUAAGACGAAAGGAAAGCCUGGCAGGAAACCAAAGCCACAAGAGGCCGAAGCAAACGACGGGGAACAAUCAUCAAGCCAGGAUCUUUUAGACACGACCAAUGAAGGAGAGCCGUCAGACAGUGCAGACCUGGACCUGGACAAUUCUGGAGAGAGAUCGUCCUUAGAAGCAGGACAGAUGAGCCCAGAUGAUAAGAGCCUGUUAGAGGGUCCGUUCUUCUGUCCUCACUGCAGCGCUGAGUUCAAGUGCAAACAGACUUUCCGGUUCCAUUUAAGGAACAUCUGCUACAGCGAGCAGCAGGUGGACCCAGAGAAGCCCGAUGAUGUGAAGCACUGUUUCCAGUGUGACGAAUGUGACAAGGCGUUUAAAUACAAAUCAACCUUAGAUUCCCACAAACAAACUCACAACCCGCUCUACUGCGAGGUGUGCAUGAAGCUGGUGCGUGACUCCGAGGCGUUGGCCAUGCACAAAGAAUCCCACACUCCUUUUCAGUGCAACAGGUGUGAGGAGAACUUCCCCGUGUUCAAGGCGCUUCACAAGCACUACAUCGACGCCCACAAUCCCACCGAGCCUUUCGUCUGCUCGCACUGUGAGACCACGUUCUCCAGUCUGAAGCGUUUCAUCAGACACGAGUGGAAACACACCGGAUACCAACCGUUUCAGUGCACCCACUGCACCAAAAGAUUCAGAUCGUACUCCGACCUCGUGGAGCACCAGAAGAAACACACUAAAGCGUAUCCGUUCCUCUGCUGGGAAUGUGGGAAGAAAUUCAGGCAUGGUGUCACUUUGACGAGGCAUGUGCAGCGCGUUCAUCACUCUGGAGAGCCCAUCUUAGAGAAACCAUCAUCCAUCUUCACCUGCUCGCAGUGUGGGAAGACCUUUACAUCCCGGAGAUGUCUUCUGAAACACGACAACUUCCAUCACAAAGGGCUGCGCUUCCCCUGUGAGCACUGUGGGAAAGGAUUCUUUGGCAAGGACGCUCUGGUGAGGCACACUCUGAUCCAUACAGGAGAGCGGCCUUUCAAGUGCGACGACUGCGACAAGUCCUUCAGAUCAUCUGCAGAAUUAAAGAUCCACAGGAGAUACCACACCGGGGAGAGACCGUUUAAAUGCAACAUCUGUGAAAAAGGAUUUGUCCAGUCCUGCUUCCUCACCUUACACAUGCGGACCCACACAGGAGAGAGGCCGUAUGUUUGUACAGUUUGUAGUAAAGGCUUCUCCAGUCUGCACGGCCUGAAAAGACACAGGAGACUUGUUCACGCAUAGUUAUUAACACGAAACUAACUCCUAACACGAUGACCACUCAACAGAGGUCAGCAUCAGCUUAAUUUAAAGAACUCUGGAAGGCUUGCUCGAGGACUUCAGCAGUGUUGACCCUGACUGAAAUAGAAGACUUAAAAACAAGUGGUCCAGUUCAAAGUUUGCCAUAAUGCCAUCUCUGUGGCUGCCUCAGCUCAGGCUGGCAGGACUGUGUAAAUGUAUAGUGCAUAUUAAAAAUCUAACUUUGUAUUUUUUACAGAAUCGUUUGCUGUAGUUCAAAAUAAGAUUUGUAUGUAUAAAUGAUAUACACCUUGUUUCCUUUUUGGAAUUGAUUUCUUUUUCUUGAAUAAAUUAAACAUUUGGUUCCAAAUGUCUGGAUUAAC